CUUUUCACUGCAGUGUGGUGGCCACCCUGUCGCUCGUCGCCCGCAACGCGCGGCGCUUGUUCGAACCGAGUUAAAGUUGAAACAGUGCUUGCUCAACCGCCGAUUUCUCACAGUGUUCAAGCGACGAAGGCCCGACACGUUUUCUGGGUUAUCCACGUUGCUGCCGACAGAAAUUCCUAAUCCGUGCAGACUAGUCGACUCAAAAUGAAGGAGAAGGUGCCCAGCAAGAGCAAGGAGGGCAGGACUCCGUUGAGGAGCGACGAGAAGAAGAAGGUGCUGCGGAGGAAAUACGACAAGCUCAAGGGCGAGUCACUCGAGGAGCAGUUCCAGAACAUUGUCGAAACCAGCCGUUCAGAUACCGUCAGCAAAAUCAUCAUGAACAAGAUCAAGGAGUCGCAGUCUCCCCAAGUCUUACGAGUCAAGUUGGAGCCAGCGAGCUGUUGCACUCCAGUAAGACCAAGCUUUGCCAAAGACUUCGACGUCGCUCCAUCACCCAUGACACCCCCCGUCCCCAAGAGGAUGCGAUUUUCGAAGGACAUGGAGGAUGCACCAUCGCCUGAGGGUAUGGGUACAACUUUACCCUCACCACCACCACCUCUGAAAACAGAAACUCUUUUCAUCAAGGAUGAUUCAGGAGAAGUAGAAGGGGAGACAACUUUUUUUGAUGCGCAAGACACUAGCAUAAUUGAUAGUGGAAAUGGACUCAAUCUGGAUGGUUUAAUAUAUGAAAUCUUUGUCAAUCAUCCUGACUGUCCGGAAGAUAAAGAAAAAGAUCCCCUAACAUGCGCUACUCCUGAGAAGGAUUCGGAGGCUACUGAAGCAGAUAUCAUCAAUGAACCUGACCUCCUUGACACCUCCAACAAAUCACCAACCUCUGAAGCUGAAGGUGUCACCGUGAGUACAGAUUCAGCCAUUUCGUCUCUUCAAACCCAAGCUACUGAAGUUGCCUCUUCCGGUACCCAGUCAGCAGUAAGUAGUCCUACCACCAUCAAUACAGAUGCAGCCAUUUCAACCCUGCAGGACAAAGCUACUGAAGUGAGCUCUGAUAUCUACCGUGCUGAUACCCAGCCAGCAGUAAGUCCCUCCACCGUCAGUGUAGAUCCAGCCGUUUCAUCCCCUCAGAACAAAGCCACCGAAGUGAACUCUGAAAUCUACCGUGCUCAUACCCUGCCAGCAGUAAGUCCUACCAUCAGCACAGAUCUGGCCAUUUCAUCCCUUCCAAACAAAGUUACUGAAGUGAACCAUGAAAACGUCCCUAUGGACACCGAAGCAGCAGUGAGUUGUCAUGAGGAAUCUGGUAACAAGGACACAACUCCAAAAAUAUAUCAAGAUGUCCCCUCCUUGGCUAAAACCUCAACUGCUUCUCAAGCUCCUUAUAAUGAUAAAAUUUCUGAUAAAGGACAUCUUCUUCCAGCGGUUCUUCCAAUUCUUAACAUUUCUGCUGAUGUUAUGUCUUCGUCAUCUCAUGGCAGCCUUUUGGAAGUGUUCCUUAAUGAAGAGGGUUUUCAUGAAGAUUUUUCAUUGUCUGAUUCCCAAAUCUUAGACAUUGAUGCUCAAUGUGAUCUUGUUAAUGCUACUAGUUUACAACCAUCAGCAGAUCCAAUUUCAAAGGGCCCUCAGAGUGAAGGUAGUCAAGUUCACAAAUCAAAAAGUUUGCCUGUUGUGCCUGCACCAACAGAAAACCCCAGCGUGGUGCUUUCAAAGCCUGCCCUGGACCUUGAUUUUUCUGUGCCUCAAGCUCCUCACUUGGAUUGGAUGCAGAAAGCUGCUGAAAGCCGUCAGCGUCUACGCUCCAUAACUCAAGAAAUAUCAAGACUGAAUGCCAUGGUGCUUCGAGCUAGAAGAACACUUUGGCCAAGACCACAACAGGAUGUAGAGCGACAGCCUGCUUCAACCUCAGCAACAGGCAGUUCUCGCAUCCAGCCAGUUACAUCGCAGAUCCGUUUCCAACCUCCUCAUGUUUCUGAUUUGUGUGAUGAUCCAGAGUGGAACAUUAGUUAAGACAACAAAUAAUGUAGAGCUUAGGAAGGGACAGAAAACUAAUGAUUUUAUAUAAAGAAUCCAUUCUUCCUUAAGUGUUUUCUAUUUGAUUAAUAUAUACAAUACAAUGAUAAAAAUUUGAAUCUUAAAGUUCGAAGUCAUCCCUCUGUAAAAAAAUCAAAACAGGGCAUCUUGUUGCUAACUUUAUAAUUGAUAAUAUAAUUGUUUCUUCCAAUGA